UCCUCCCUUCCCCACGCGCUGAUCAGCAAAGUAACUCCGGUGGAGUGAGAGCAGCCGCUCUUGUCGCCAAGUGCAAGGAGCGCCUGGCUUGGGAUUGCCCCUGGAGGGGGGGAAGCACCCCGCCGCCGCCGCGGAGAGGAAGAGACUGUUGCUGCUGUGGCUUCCUUUCUGCCUGUCUUUCAUCCAAGCAACAGGAGGAUCCGGACUGGCCAGGAGGACGAGCUUUCCUCACGCCGUUGGGCGACAGAGCGCGUCGCAGCUCAGCUACCUUGCAAAAGUUCUCCAAAGUCGCUAUGGCCCCGGCGGUUGGAGCCGUCGGCUUGCUGGCGGCGCUCGCCUCCUUCGUCGCUCCCUCGGCUGCCCUUCUCGGAGUAGCCCGUGGACAGUUCUCAGCAGGGGGUUGCACCUUUGAUGAUGGUCCAGGGCCCUGUGAUUACCAUCAAGAUCCAUAUGACGACUUUGAUUGGGUUCAUGUUAGUGCUCAAGAGCCUCACUACCUGCCACCUGAGAUGCCCCCGGGUUCAUACAUGAUAGUGGAUUCUUCCCACCACAGCCAUGGAGAAAAGGCUCGCCUCCAGCUUCCUACAAUGAAAGAGAAUGACACUCACUGCAUUGAUUUCAGCUACCUUUUGUACAGCAAGAAGGGGGCAAGUCCUGGAACACUGAAUAUCUUGGUUAGGGUAAACAAGGGGCCUCUGGCGAAUCCCAUUUGGAAUGUGACAGGUUCCACUGGCAAAGACUGGCUACGGGCAGAGCUGGCUGUCAGCACCUUCUGGCCAAAUGAAUACCAGGUAAUAUUUGAGGCUGAAGUCUCAGAUGGAAGAAAUGGCUACAUUGCCAUUGAUGACAUCCAGGUUCUGAGUUACCCUUGUGAUAAAUCUCCUCAUUUCUUGAGGCUGGGGGAUGUGGAGGUCAAUGCAGGCCAGAAUGCUACAUUUCAGUGCAUUGCUACAGGGAGGGAUGCAGUGAAUAACAAGUUAUGGCUGCAGAGACGGAAUGGAGAAGAUAUUCCAGUGGCCCAAACUAAAAACAUAAAUCACAGACGAUUUGCAGCUACCUUUAAGCUUCAGGAAGUAACAAAAACAGAUCAGGAUUUAUAUCGGUGUGUUACUCAGUCUGAGAGAGGAUCUGGAGUCUCCAACUUUGCUCAACUUAUUGUUCGAGAACCACCUCGACCAAUAGCACCCCCGCAGCUGCUUGGAGUUGGACCAACGUACUUGCUGAUUCAGCUGAAUGCUAAUUCCAUUAUUGGGGAUGGACCUAUUAUCUUGAAAGAAGUGGAAUACCAUAUGACAACUGGGACCUGGACAGAAACCCAUGCUGUGAAUGCCCCAACCUACAAGCUAUGGCAUUUGGACCCAGACACCGAGUAUGAGAUUCGUGUUCUUCUAACCAGACCUGGAGAAGGUGGCACUGGUCAGCCAGGCCCUCCACUUAUCACCAGAACGAAAUGUGCAGAGCCAAUGAGAACACCAAAAACUCUGAAGAUUGCUGAGAUCCAGGCCCGACGUAUUGCUGUGGAUUGGGAGUCUCUAGGUUACAACAUUACUCGCUGCCACACUUUCAAUGUUACCAUCUGCUAUCAUUACUUCCGUGGUCAUAAUGAAAGCAAGGCGGACUGCUUGGAUAUGGACCCCAAAGCACCUCAGCAUGUUGUGAAUCACCUGCCUCCUUACACAAAUGUGAGCCUCAAAAUGAUCCUGACUAAUCCUGAAGGGAGGAAAGAGAGUGAGGAAACCAUUAUCCAAACAGAUGAAGAUGUGCCUGGUCCUGUACCUGUAAAGUCACUAAAGGGAACCCCAUUUGAGGACAAGAUCUUCCUAAACUGGAAAGAACCUAUGGAUCCAAAUGGCAUCAUCACACAGUAUGAGGUCAGUUACAGCAGCAUACGGUCAUUUGAUCCUGCAGUUCCAGUGGCCGGGCCGGCUCAAACAGUGUCAAAGCUAUGGAACAGUACCCAUCAUGUCUUUUCCCAUCUACACCCUGGGACGACCUACCAGUUUUAUAUAAGGGCCAGCACUGUCAAAGGUUUUGGACCAGCUACGGCCAUCAAUGUAACCACCAAUAUAUCAGCUCCCACAUUACCAGACUAUGAAGGCAUUGAUGCAUCUCUCAAUGAAACUGCCACCACCAUAACUGUACUCCUGAGACCAGCACAGGCCAAAGGUGCUCCAAUCAGUGCCUAUCAAAUUGUUGUUGAAGAGCUGCAUCCUCAUCGAACCAAACGAGAAACAGGUGCAAUGGAUUGCUACCAGAUACCCAUCACGUAUCAAAUUGCUCUGAGCGGAGGCUCAGCAUAUUAUUUUGCUGCAGAAUUGCCACCUGGUAACCUUCCUGAAGCAGCCCCUUUCACAGUUGGUGACAAUAGAACUUACCAAGGCUUCUGGAACCCACCUCUAGCUCCUCGGAAGGGGUAUAAUAUCUACUUCCAAGCCAUGAGCAGUGUUGAGAAGGAGACCAAAACUCAGUGUGUUCGAAUUGCUACCAAAGCAGCAGCAACAGAAGAACCGGAGGUAAUUCCUGACCCAGCCAAGCAAACAGAUCGGGUUGUGAAAAUAGCAGGAAUAAGUGCUGGAAUUUUAGUUUUCAUUCUCCUACUGCUACUUGUCAUAUUAAUUGUCAAAAAAAGAUAUAUAACAUGGAGAAGAAACGUCUGCAUUAGAAACCUUAGGAGGAGCUACUAUUCUUACUCCUACUACCUCAAACUUGCUAAGAAACGCAAAGAUGCAAUGGGAAACACUAGACAAGAAAUGACCCAUAUGGUGAAUGCAAUGGAUAGGAGUUACGCUGAUCAGAGCACCCUUCAUGCAGAGGAUCCUCUCUCGGUCACCUUUAUGGACUCCCAUAAUUUCAGCCCCAGAUACGAAAACCACAGUGCAACAGCGGAGUCAAGUCGCCUGUUAGAUGUGCCUCGCUAUCUCUGUGAAGGAACAGAGUCUCCUUACCAAACAGGCCAGCUACAUCCUGCUAUCAGAGUAGCUGAUUUGCUGCAGCAUAUUAACCUCAUGAAAACAUCUGACAGCUACGGUUUUAAAGAAGAAUACGAGAGCUUCUUUGAAGGGCAAUCAGCUUCUUGGGAUGUGGCAAAAAAGGAUCAAAAUAGAACAAAGAAUAGAUAUGGAAACAUUAUAGCAUAUGACCAUUCCAGAGUGAUAUUACAACCUGUUGAGGAUGAUCCUUCUUCAGACUACAUUAAUGCUAAUUACAUUGAUAUUUGGCUGUACAGGGAUGGAUACCAGAGACCAAGUCACUACAUUGCAACCCAAGGUCCAGUCCAUGAAACAGUGUAUGAUUUCUGGAGAAUGAUAUGGCAAGAACAAUCAGCAUGCAUCGUUAUGGUUACCAAUUUAGUUGAGGUUGGGCGGGUUAAGUGCUACAAGUAUUGGCCUGAUGACACUGAAGUUUAUGGGGACUUCAAAGUUACUUGCGUGGAAGUGGAACCACUUGCAGAAUAUGUGGUCAGGACAUUCACCCUUGAAAGGAGGGGUUACAAUGAAAUCCGUGAAGUUAAACAGUUCCACUUUACUGGCUGGCCAGAUCAUGGAGUACCUUACAAUGCAACAGGCCUUCUUUCAUUUAUACGCCGUGUAAAACUAUCUAACCCUCCUAGUGCUGGGCCUAUUGUUGUGCAUUGCAGGUGUGUAGAGAAGAGUGCUGGAGCUGGACGAACUGGCUGUUACAUUGUAAUUGACAUAAUGCUAGACAUGGCAGAAAGAGAAGGUGUUGUGGACAUCUACAAUUGUGUCAAAGCAUUACGUUCACGGCGCAUCAACAUGGUACAGACAGAGGAGCAGUAUAUAUUUAUUCAUGAUGCAAUUCUGGAAGCCUGCUUAUGUGGAGAAACUGCCAUCCCUGUCUGUGAAUUUAAAGCUGCAUAUUUUGACAUGAUAAGAAUAGACUCUCAGACAAACUCUUCACAUCUCAAAGAUGAAUUUCAGACCCUGAAUUCUGUGACUCCUCGGCUACAAGCUGAAGACUGCAGUAUAGCAUGCUUGCCAAGGAACCACGACAAAAACCGCUUUAUGGAUAUGCUGCCACCUGACAGAUGUUUGCCUUUCUUAAUUACUAUCGAUGGCGAGAGCAGCAACUACAUCAAUGCUGCUCUUAUGGACAGCUACAGACAACCUGCUGCUUUCAUCGUCACACAGCACCCACUGCCAAACACUGUGAAAGAUUUCUGGAGAUUAGUAUAUGACUAUGGCUGUACAUCUCUUGUGAUGUUAAAUGAAGUUGAUUUAGCACAGGGCUGCCCGCAGUACUGGCCAGAAGAAGGGAUGCUGAGAUAUGGUCCUAUUCAGGUGGAAUGCAUGUCUUGCUCAAUGGAUUGUGAUGUAAUAAACAGAAUUUUCAGAAUAUGCAAUUUAACAAGGCCUCAGGAAGGCUAUCUGAUGGUACAGCAAUUCCAGUAUCUGGGAUGGGCAUCUCACAGGGAUGUGCCAGGCUCCAAACGAUCAUUCUUGAAAUUAAUUCUUCAGGUUGAAAAGUGGCAGGAAGAAUGUGAAGAAGGGGAAGGGAGAACUAUAAUUCACUGCUUGAAUGGCGGUGGACGAAGUGGAAUGUUCUGUGCCAUUGGCAUAGUAGUGGAAAUGCUUAAAAGGCAAAACGUUAUCGAUGUUUUCCAUGCGGUAAAAACUUUACGGAACAGUAAGCCAAACAUGGUAGAAACACCGGAACAAUAUCGUUUCUGCUAUGACGUCGCACUGGAGUAUCUUGAAUCAUCUUAGUGUAAAAGCAUGGGUGCAAUCAAAUGAACCAAAUAAUAUGAAAUUCAGUUAACUGUGUUUUGACAACUACUGUUGAACCUAUGAAGAAAGAUUUUAGUGAAGGGAAAGACUUAAAUUUUUAAAUGCAAAAAGUAUUUUUCUUAAUAAAUGUUGUACGUUAAUUAUAUAUAUAUAUAUAUAAAAAUAUAAAUAUAAAUAAAAAGAACGGUUUCUAUGCCUGUACACAGUAUGAACAUAUAGUGCCACAAAUGUAAAGAGCUGAGGCAGAGCACGUCUGCUGUUCGAGGUAGGAUUUUAAGUGUAUGUAUAUUCAGCUGUCUCUCGGUUACACUAAAACCACCAUCUGUUGCAUGUAUCUAUUUCUAUUCAACAUUUUAUUUCUCUUUUGUCUUUAAUUUGAUACUGUUAAAAGUAAAGCAAAACUGUGCAGAUAGUCUCUAUGGGUUUCAUGUGAUACAAGAAUAUCUAAGUAUAUAUAUGCAUAUAUAUGUAUGUAUAUAUGUAUGUAUAACUGAUUAUUUUGUUUUAAUGUGCAAUGACAGCCUGAUCAAAAUUCUUUAUAAAGAAAUCUAAACAUAAGCCAAAGACUCAAGUGUAAAUAUGUCUAUAUGGAGAAGAAAGCACAUUGUAUUUAUUGUUUACUGACAUUACUUUUAUGAUGGCUGAACAAAAACUUUUUUCUUGGGAACUUUUGUUGUUGCCUAAAUCAAGUGUAAAUGGUUUUUGUAGAUUAUUUUUUGUAUGUUUUUGUGUAAGAGGAAAGAGAGAGAAAGAGAGAGACCGAGAGUGAGAGACUUUUUAUGGGUAGACCAGAAAACAUUUGAUACCAUGGUUUUGUUGUUGUGUACAUGUUUAUGAAUGAAAUCCAUGUAAACAACUUGGUUACAGGAGGCCAGAAUCAAAACCUCUUUAUCAAAAAUGUAUAUGGUUUUCCCCAAAGUGUAAUAAUAAUAUGAAUCAAAUGAAACUGCACAAAAAUAUGGCCUUGCUUAUGACUGGCACAGUGAUGGGAGUAACUUCAUUGCUUACUUUAAAGGAGCAAAUGGGUUAACAAUGAAUACUUGAAACCCAGAACAAAAAAGACAAACAUUGGAUUGGAAAAAUAUUGCAAGCGAACAACUACAUUUCUUUUAAUGUUUAGAGAUUGGGGAUGCAAUCUAAGGCAGGCACAGCCUGGGCAAGGGAGAAGUGCACUCAGUCUUCUCUCCACCAGCACUGGGGGCAUUCUGAAGUUUUUAUUGCAUCGAAUCAUCUAGCUGAACAGCCAGCAUUCUUUCUCACCAUAAUUGGCUUCCCAGUUCAGUGAAGUGAUCUGCUCAUUACAAACUUUCGAAAUACUCCAGCAGUCCAUAGUUUCUCCCCAGUGGUUGUUUAGGAUUGUAGCAAUGGAAGUUUUGUGUUUGGGAAAAGCUAAAACAGAUAAAAUUGAUUCUAGAGUUGGGUUAUAGCCUUGGUAUGUAACAUAUCCAUGUUUUUUCUUUACUCUUCAAAUGCACAUUCAUAAGCCUGGACAUAUUCUCCUGAUGUAAACCAUUCCUGUGUCCUGUUGAUUAUUUUUGAUCAAGAGUAAAUGACAAGGUGCUUAUAAAUACUCAUGUAAAGUAAGAGUGAA